AUGAGAGGUACGGUGGGAGUGACAGAGGUUUUCAAAGCAGAGUUAGAUUUACAUCAAUGUUCGGCUUUAAGCUCGUUCUUGUUCGCAAUGGUGAUGGACAGGCUGACGGAUGAGAUUAGACAGGAGUCACCUUGGACGAUGAUGGCUGCGAAUGACACAGCCAUCUACAGCGAGACGAGACAACAGGUGGAGGAAAAUCUAAUAGAGAUAUGGAGGAAUGCACUGGAGAAAAGAGACAUAGAAUUCAGAUGGGGCAAGACGGAAUACAUGUGUGUAAAUGAAGGGGUUGAUAGAGGAGAGGUGAGGAUGCAAGAUCUUGAAGUGACAAUAGUAGAAGAAUUAAAAUACCGAGGCUAA